GAGCCCAUCAUCCAUCAUCCACCCCAUCCCGUCCCAUCCCAUCCCAUCCCACUAGUAACUCAGAGAGCUACAAAGUUCUACCUAUCUGGUACCUAAACUCCACAAAAUAUCCAGAAUUGUCCACUUCGUGCGUCGCACAUUACAUCAAUUGAGGAGAGACUACAGAUCUGUCAGGGUGCAUACAGUCCGUUUCUCAAGAUUGUUUCGUGAACUGCAUAUCGCUUUGCGUUUUCUUCCCCGGCUUCCUAUUGCUGCACUGCUGCACUACUGCAUUCCCGCUAUUACAAAUUGGACCUAGGCGAGGCGGCUAUGAAUUAAUAGGGAUAGAAAAAGAAAACCCCUCACUUAAACAUUAGUCAACUUCUACCGUACCACAUUCGACAUGGCUUUCAGAGGAUACCCCCAAUUUAUUUUAUUGGGCGAUUCCAUCGUUCAAUUCUCAAGUAAUCUGCGGGAUGGGUUUUCCUUUACUGCGGGUCUUGAAGAACAUUGUUCUAGGCGGCUCCAGAUAAUAAACCAUGGGUUGAGCGGGUAUAAUACCGAUAAUGCUCUUGAGAUUCAUCGGGACCUCGUCCCAGAUCCAACCAUUGCAAAGGUUCCCUAUCUGCUCGUCCUGUUCGGUGCGAAUGAUGCAUGCCUACCGGAUGGUCCCACGGGUCAACAUGUUCCAUUGGAAAAUUACAAGAAAAACAUUGAGAUCCUUCUCAAGAAUUGGAGUUCCAUAGCACAGCGCCCCACGAUUUUACUAGUUACACCACCGCCUAUCAACGAAGUUCAGCUUGAGGAACAAGAUCUCCAGAAGGGGUAUUCUUCUCUCACGCGGUCACAGGACCACACAGCCAAAUAUGCAGCUGCAGUUAGAGAAAUCGCCGAUGAAUGGAAAGAUCAAAAUGUGGUAUUGGUCGAUCUAUGGAAGGCUAUUUUGGUUAAAGCAGUACAGAUGAGUCCAGAUAAUACUGGCAACCUAGAAACGAUUGGCACCAAACGUGCUGAGGAUGAUAAAGCUAUGAGGGCACUCCUCACCGAUGGUCUUCAUCUUUCCAGUGACGGAUAUAGAGUGUUCUUGAACGAAGUUAUACCAUUGGUUGGAAAAGAGUGGAAAGAAGAGCCCUUGGAUAGCCCCAGCUGGGUAUUUCCACACUGGACAGUAGCUCCUAAAUUCAGUCAUUAAACGGAUUGCAUGCAUGAUGCAUAGAAAGGUGUGUAGGUGGUCUUUUCUACGAUAAAAUAUACAUGCAGGGAAAACUUCCAGAUUUCUUAGAUCUGAUAGAGACAGCUCACCUAUUUAUUAAGUAUUGAUUGAUUGCCGGAUGAUUCGUUUCACGGGAAAGUACUCCAGUAUUCAAAAAAUCACAGUAACAACGAAAGUAGCUUAGCAUACCUAGUAGUCAAAAGAAUUGCAGAAGCUUCAACUACGAAAUCGGCAUAGAACCAGUACCCGGGAUGAUUGUUAGCUACCUACUAGAUGAUUGUCGAAAUUUAAUUUUUGAA